UCCAGGUCGAGGCGUGCCACAGAAAAGCUUGAACGUGCCGAGAAUUUGGAAUCGCUUCUCGGAUAUGAGGGUGCGGGUGCCACCGCACAUUAUCGGGCGUUCUGGCAACUUCUGGGACACGAUUGGGGCUUUACCACGCGACAAUUUCGACCACCCCCAGAUCCAAUUAAUGCGAUGCUCUCACUUGGAUACACACUCCUGCAUAAUCAUGUUUACGCCUUCAUCAGUGUUGUCGGGUUAGACCCGUACUGUGGGUAUUUCCAUCAACCCAAGCAUGGACACGCCGCAUUAGCAUCCGAUUUAAUGGAGGAGUUCCGACAGAUUAUUGUCGAUGGAUAUGUGCUUUCCGUCAUCAACAACAAUCGGGUCCGCCCUGAGGAUUUUGAACAGACGAACAAAGGUAUCCGUUUCACCAAGGAAGCGUUGGAUCGAUUCUUGACUGGAUAUUAUGGUCGGAUGCAACAGACGUUUCAACACCCUACACGGAAUGAGAAGACGACCUAUCUUCGUUGUAUUGAACUUCAGGUCAGGCAUCUGGCUCGCGUCGUUACGGGUGAGGAUCCCGUAUAUAAACCAUUUAUAGUAAAGUCCAAAAAUAUGUGGACAGUUCGUCAGUGA